AUGUCGGGAAUCAUGGAGUUUUAUAAGGAUAUUAUGGAGAAUAAAAGCCAUCCAGUAACGAAAGAUUGGUUUUUGAUAUCAGGACUAGGCCCAGUGAUAAUAAUAAUUGUUAGUUAUUUAUACUUUUCCUUAUCAGCUGGACCAAAAUAUAUGAAGGACAAGAAACCGUAUGAGUUAAGAAUUCCCAUGAUUGUUUACAAUUUUAUCCAAGUACUGUUUAGUAUGUACCUCUUUUACGAAGGAUUGAUGUCUGGAUGGUUACACGACUACAAUUACUAUUGCCAGCCUGUUGAUUAUACGGACAAUCCACUAUCUAGAAGGAUGGCUAAUGCUGUUCACUUCUAUUUCAUGUGCAAGUUGAUAGAAUUAUUGGACACAGUAUUCUUCGUUCUUCGUAAAAAAAAUCGUCAGAUCUCAUCGCUUCAUGUAUACCACCAUGCGUUGAUGCCAAUUUGCGGCUGGAUUGGUUGCAGAUUUUUGCCAAAUGGCCAUGGUACAUUGUUGGGUGUCAUCAACUCGUUCAUUCACAUAAUUAUGUACGCAUACUAUAUGCUAGCUUCGAUCGGACCACAUAUGAACAAAUAUCUCUGGUGGAAGAAAUACUUGACGUCAUUGCAAUUAAUUCAAUUCUGCAUUAUUUUUGUCCACACUUUUCAAAUCUAUUUCAACGGUUGUAAUUACCCAUUAAUUCUUACGACCCUGCUCAAUCUUAAUGCGUUGAUUUUUAUUUAUUUGUUUGGUUCGUUUUAUAUCGAGAAUUACAUCAAAAGUGAAAAACGGAAGAAAAAUAAGACUGAAAAAAUAACGAAGACUGCGAACAAAAUGGAGUGAAUUGAUACUAUUUAUUAUUUUGCCAUUUGGUUCUCGUUACAAAAAUCUACUUCGUUAUAAAAGAACAUUCGUGUUCGUUAGAUACGUCUAGCCCUCUAGCGAGAAAAAUGUAUAUUUGACCAGAUAAUUUAUUAUCAAUCGAUCUAUUUCGUUUUCUUAGUUUGAAAACGAGAUUCGAUCUUCUGUGAAAUAUGCCGAGUGACAUUUUUACCAAAUUAAUUUAAUUUUUUUAUCUAAAUAUAUUUUUUUACAUAGCUACUUAAUUAAUUAUACAGUUCCCUUUAAUUGAAUAUAUUUACAUACAUAUAAAUUACUUUCGAAUUAUGUGAUUGAAUAUUGGCAAUAUUUAAAAAAACUUUGAAAUUGAAUUAUUGUAAAAGAAUAAAAAUUAUAUUGAAAAUUAUAAUUAGAAAUAUAAAAAAUUGUAAAAUUAAUUCUUGAUAACAUGUUGGUCGAUAUUAUCGGUAAUAAAGGAAUCGCUCGAUUAAAGGACUUAUCAAUCGAUCUCAUCGAAUUGCUUUAUUUGUUGAUAAGGUAGAACAAGUAUCGUUAUCAUAAAUAAUAAUUUUGGUAUUUGUAAUUUCAUGAUUUUUUAUAUCAUAUUUUUUUAUAUAAAUACUUAUAUAUUUCAUAUAUAUAUGAUAUAUAUAUAUAUAUAUCAUAUAUAUAUAUAUAUAAAAUAUUAUCAUUAGAGAGAAAUUUAAUAGGGUUCUAAUAAAUUUUUCAUCAAUGAAUUU